AUGUCUUCAGCUCCUUAGUGUAGGCUACAUCUAUCUGGUUGUCUCUUUAGGACCCGGUUGCACCUGCGGGUUUUUGUGAAGCCGUUGACGUCAGCUGGAAACUGCACAGGUCUCCGCCGCGCGGCGGCAGCGGCGCCCCAACAGGCGCAGCGUCCGUCCAGCGCGCAUCGCAGGCGGCUGCCGCACUCCGCCACGUUCCCGCGACGCGCCUCGACACCUUCUCUCUCUCCAUUCCCCACGCAUGCACCCUCCGCUUCGGCCGUGAGCCCUCCGCGCCUCUCCGACCCCGCCAUGUCCUCGGCCGUCACGGAGACGGAGGAGUCGGCGCACAGCUCCCCGCUGACCCCGCUGAAGCUGGUCGGGCUCGUGUGCGUGUUCUUGGCGCUCUGUUUGGACGUGGGAGCCGUGAUGAGUCCGGCGUGGGUGACCGCCGACGACCAGUACUACCUGUCUCUGUGGGAGUCCUGCUGGAAGCCGGGGAGCUUUGAGAAGUGGGAGUGCAACAGCACGCUGGACAAAGACUGGCAGGUUGCCACACUGGCCUUGUUGCUAGGGGGCGGAGCCUUGGUGCUGAUGUCAUUCCUAGUCGCUUUGGUUGCCGUGUGCAUCGGUACAAGACGGCGGUUCUACGCCCUCGUUGCCUUCAUGCUCUUCGCCGCAGUUGUCCUCCAGGCCUGCAGCUUGGUCCUCUUCCCCAUCAAGUUCAUCGAGAGCAUCAACCUGAGGAUCUAUCAUGAAUUCAACUGGGGCUACGGGCUGGCUUGGGGAGGGACCAUCUUUUCUUUUGGUGGGGGAGUCCUCUACUGCCUCAACCCAAAGAGCUAUGAGGAUUACUACUAACUCCAAUAACAGCUGGGGACUUCACAGCUACAUUUUGGCAAAGAAGUAUAGAUGGGGAUGGGGGGGGGUUAUGUUUUUUUAACACCUGAUUUCCCAGGAUGUGCUGGAAGUAAUGAACAUCAGAUUUGAGCGACCCAAGCUUUGACCGUUGGAAUUAAAGCGGAUAGUCAAGAUAUUACUUUUUUUUGCCUCUGUCAAAAGAAUUUUUGAUGCGGACUCAUCGUCUUGGCAGCAAUUGCUAAGACUUGUGUAACACCCUUCAUGUCGACUGUAGUCUCAACAACUCUCCCUCUGUUCUUGGCUCCACAAACCCAAGUUUUUGACUCUGUUAAUUAGAAAAUUGUUGCAUGUUCUUUGGGUGGAUCCCUUCUAAUUUCUUCACCUCAGUUUUCAGCUCCGUUGUCAAAACCUACGGCUUGGUUAGACGUAGAAGCCGUUUUGUUUUUCAGACCCCUUUGGAGUUCCUGAGGUUCCGCAAGGGAGAGGAAGCGGAUCACAUCCUCACAACUUUUCAACAGACAGACUCUUCCUGGAGGAAGGUGAGGGCAGGAAUAAAAAAAAAUGUAAGACACCCACUCAAUAUUCCGUUAUCGACCCACUUGUCUGUUACCACGGCAACCCACGGGGAGUGCACAUGCAGCUGUCAUGAUUGAUUACCCACGGUCGGGGGUUGUAAGACAGUACGGCCCUCCGAGGCCUCCAAGCGUCUUCGAUUGCCAAUUGAACGGAGUUUCUCCAGCCACCUGUCAUUUGGUGUUCGGUUUCGCCCUCCGGUAAUUCUCUCUGUGAAAAAGGAGUGUUGUCAGCCCGUCAGUAGUCAGGUUUACAUGCACUACGGCCGUGAGAUAAAGGAGGAUUGUUCUGAAUGGAAUCUUGUAAUUAUGCACUCAUCUGAUUGAGAUUCCUCGGGGCUUUCAUGCCUUGUCUCAUUUCCUGGCUGCAUUCGGUGAAAUUGCUCGGCCCAGUCGGAGGUGGAAAGGAUGGUUACCUUUUUUUUGCCUCUGUCUGACAUAAAAACAAUAUCUCACACAAAAAUCACAUACAUACCUUUCAAUGAAUUAAAACAGGUGCAGAUAAAGGGUGAAUGUUGAAUCUUUACUCUUUAGAGAGGGCCGUUAAUCGGAGCUUAUUCAACUUUUCUUGUACUAAGUGAUAGUUUUAUCAUGGUUCCACAUAGUACUCAAUAAUUUACUCAACAGUUCUCCAUUUGUGCCUUUCUCCAAGUCAUCAACACAUUAGGCUGUAUUCGGUAUUUGUGAUCAGGAAAAGCAGGAGUGGCAAGACCUACACUUGUACAUUUUGCUAUAAUCCAUUUGAGCUUGUAAAUUGGGCGUUCUGUGUUCCCAGAAGAAAAAAAAUCUAUAUGCUUAACUCUGUAGCCACGCUACAGGUAGAAGAUAUUGGCUUUAAUAGGAAACUUAGUCUUUGUCAGUAACCUGUGCCUUGCAAAAAGCAUUCUUUCCCCUUUUGGUUUUCCAUAUUUUCUCAUGUAACAACCUCAGACUUUGAUGCAUUUUAUUGGGACUGCACAUCCAACAUAAAGCCCCAAUCAAAUACAUUGGAGCUUGUGGUUGCAAUGUGGUAUAAUGUGGAAAUGCGUAGAGCUAUUUUGAAAAACAAGUAAUGAGUAAUACCUUGUUUACACGUCAUGCUGUCUUUUACUUGCGACACUAUUUACAGAUUCCAGCGAAGCAAUUGUUUUAGAUUCACUUACUCCUGCCAGCCAGCAUCUUGAGAACACAGAGGGAAUUUUUGAAUGUGUUCACUGGACUAAAAUCCCAGCCUUUUGUUAAAAAUGCACAUAUGAUGGGUAACUUAAGAAAUUUCAAAGUGGAGUUUUAUUUAGAUGUUAAUUAAUGGCCUGUUUGUAGUAGAUAAUUUUCUUAGUCUGUUAGCAACAGCUUUGUUUGCCUAUCUCUCUGAAUAAUCAUUUCACACAUCUCAAGCAGUUUAAUUUUAGACUUGAGAUGAUCGAAUGUACUCCAGACUCACUUAAAAAACAACCACAAAAUAGUCACUAGCUUAGCAUCAAUAGAAAACCCUGAAACAGAUGCUAACUUUAGCACAGCUAGCCGCUACAGGUAAGCCAGUCACAGUAUUUUCAGAACUCACAAAUCUGAAAUUUUUUUUCAGAUUUGUGAGUUCUGAGCGCUAUCACUGUUAGCGCUUAAGAUUAUUCUCAGUCAGUUCGACAAGAAGUUUUUCCUGUCUAGCAAGUAAAUGUUCAGACGACAUUCACUGAGGGCAGUGUUAUACUUUUUAGCAUUUCUUUUACCUUGGUGUCUUUAAUCUCAUUUUGAAUGUUAUCUGCAAGCAUUUUGUGAACAUUUGUAGAAAAUGUACAAGAACAUCAAAAGUUAAGUGAAUGUUGUUCGCGUGCGACCAGACAACGCUGCCAAAAUACUUUAUUGUGUUUCGUGUUGACAUUCAGAGAACGUUGUCUGAAAACUGAUGGCGAUGGUCAGGGAGCGUUAUCUGGAUGUUCAGUGUUAGCUUGGUAUUAGACAACUCUGUCAACACAACUGGUCAAAUAAGGAAUGAUUUCAACAACCAGAAAUAACAAGGAAACAACCAAAUCUCACUCUAAUAGCUUAUAUCUAUAAGCACUACACCAUUUUUUUCAAUAUACAUUUGAGUUUUAACAUUGCAGAAAGCUACCCAGAGUUAGCUAGCCUCUGAAAUGCUAACAGAAUUUUCCAGAUCACCAUAUCUAAUAACUCCUUAUAACCUGGAUCUGCAGUAAACACCGUCACAUUCUACAUGUCAGCUGUGACAAUGCAGAUAUAUUGCUAUAUACAACAUAUUUGAACAGACGAAUGAAAAGGUCUGUUCCUGGGUGUACGUAACCAUGGCUACUGACAUAAGUUUCUCCUAGUGAUAAAUUCAAACUAUUUUCUUGGACCAAACUGUUCUCCUCUUGUCAACUGUAAAUGUCAGGAACCUAUGCAUCACUCAAUAUGUAGUUUGUGGUUGAAGACAUUCUGGGAUGUGCUCAGUUGUACAGAGGAAGAAAAUGUCACACAAAAAAAUAGUCUGGUAUUUUACUUCAACGCUCUAUUGCUUUUCAGAAAGAAUUAGCUGACAAUGAUGAUUUUAUUUCUUUUCUCCCUACCACAUAAUCUUGGGCUGACAUUUUUAUCCAAAUUGUGUCAUAUUUUGAUUUUUUUUAUUCCUCUGAAAUAUUAAAUUUAGUGAAAUGUGAACGUGUGACAAAAAAGCAAGCUUUAAAGGGGCAGAUUUAUUUAUUUUUUGCAAGUGUUGCUGUUUAGUUUUUCAGAGGUGCCAAGAAUUUCUUCAAAACAUCAGUCUAUUGAAAAUGUUUUAUUUAUUUAUAUUAAUGGCUCCACCUUAGUUCCUAAUUCAGUAUUUUUUUAUAACUUACCUGCUAUUUUCAAAGUGUCUUCUUUUUUACCGUACGUUUUGUUUCCUAGAUUACCUUCCUCUUCUUGGGAACUCAUUUUUCCGCCCCACACUCCAGGUGUGUAGGGAUUUGAAUGCAAAGCAGUUCUCCUGUGGAUAUUUGGAGAUUCAAGCAGCGUCUUUCAUUCGCUGUCCUUUCAUUGUCACAUAUUUACAGCGGUGCGCUGUCACACAACCGUCAUCCCAAAAAUAGGAUCCAGGCCGACUCCCCAGCCACCAAAAACAAAUGAAGGACUUGGACGGCGGCCACGCACUUUCAGGGAAAUGACAGACAUCCGUUUAUUUCAUGUCAACGAGCGUAGCGUUAAAAGUUUGAACAUUAUACAAAAAAACUUAUGUCGUCUUUUUGACACAUGAAGGUCCUUUUAUUACUGUUCUGUACUUUUCUCCUGUUGUCAUUUUGGUACCACUUAGACCAUGUUCACCACAUUUUCCAAAACUGAAACUAUUUCCUGUUUUGUCUUAAUGUCCAAAGCAGCAAGUUUUUUUUAUGCCAAAGCAACACCUUUCUGCAUUUUAUUUUUUGUAAAACAGAUUUUUCAUCUGGUUUUUCCGGCAGAUCCUGAGCAUGGCUAAAGCAGUUCCAGGCUAAAGGUUCCUAUAUCCAAUCAGAAAAAAACCGUUGAAGAUUUUGGCAAAGAAAGCCAGAGUGGUCCUCACUUUGCAUAUUUGAAUAAACUCAGGAUAACCAGUCCACACAUAUACAUUACACAGAUUCUUUUUUUUAAAUUCACUUUAAACGAGUCUUCAAUAAUCUGUUUAUUCAGAAUAAAACCUCAAAAUUUGAUUGUAUUUUGGCUUGUAAUUUUUGUUUUAUUAUCAAAACGUUUUCAAAGAAAACCUGCUUCUGUAAAAUCAGCUCACUUUGAGUGAAAAACCCCCCAAACAUUUAAUGACAACUCAAUUAAAGAAUGUAAAUGUAAGCCGAAUUAGAUAAUAGAAAAAGUAGUGUAAAUGUUAUGCAGUGUGGUUACACCGAACAACAAACUGCAACAUUUACCAAAAUAUAUGUUGAAACAUUAUUAAAAUCACAUUUCAUUUCAUGUUUUGCUCUUUUCUGACCACUUGUUUUAAUUGAGUUUCAAACGAAAGAAAAUGUAGCUACAAGUAAUUAAUUUCACUUUAUUUGUAUCACGACAGCUCAAAGCAAAACUUACGUCAAGGCACUUGAAAUGCGUCAAACUAAUUUUCACAUGUACAAAUUUACACAAUAAACAAAUGGAUUCCAAAACAACUCCCUUUUAACAUUUUAAAUUGGUUUUGGUAAUGUUUUAGCCUGGCGCUGCUUUAUUCAUCCAAAAUUUCAUCUAAUCUGGACAAUUAAGAAUAAGUACUGCAGUGACUGUAUCUGGAAUCUCACAUGGUAUUGUUUCAAAAGCAGAUUUUGUUCUGGUUAUUUUGUACCACCUUUCUAUUCCCAUGUCUUAUAAGCAAUCGCCUUUUUUUAUUUCAUGACAAUUUUUCUAAUUUGUCUCAUCUCAGGCGAUGUAAGGGGGACACAUCUGAUGGAUUUAUUUUUAUUACCACCAUCACUUUGCUUACGAUUGUGCCAUUUAAGCUUUAUUGGGGCGUUUUGCUGACUAAGGAUGUCUUUGUGAAACAGCACUUUGGGGGUUACAAAUUAACUUAUGUGUUUCAAUGAUGCUUUAGUAAAAGCAAGACGUGAGAGGAUACACUGAUGCUUAUUAAGACUUGCACACAAAAAAAUACUUUAUAAGGGUUUCAAUCCCACAACAAAGACUUACUGAUUUAUUUUCAAACUCAGCUGCUUGUUCAGAUUGUUCAUCCUGGAUUUGAAGCAGAUUUCAGUACUUUAUUAAAGAAUGCAGUUUCUUUAAUCAGAUCAGACUGGGUCUGUUUGAGUAUAAUUAAGUUUUUUUUUUUAAAAAAGAACAGAAACAAUAUUUACAAGCCCCUUCCUGCACCCGUACAAUGCUUCAUUCGUUUCUCAUCCCUUUGUACGUUUUAGCAGAGGUCUGACUUAGCCGUGACUGUUAGCAUUUGUUUGCUUAGUAACACUUAGUAACUACUUUAAUGAAAAGUAGAGGCUCGUAACCAGAAACAGUUUCCUUUUUUUCAUACCUCCUCUCCCAGUAGACUGGGAGGRGGAACACAGUCUAAUGAUGUGCGUAGGGAUUUAGUGUGGAUGAUUGCAGAAAUGUACAAAUAUGCGUGGCAGACAGAAAAAGGGGGAAAAAAACAGUCUUAUUUGUGCAUGUGUAUUGGCAUGUUUUAGAUGCCGUUGUAGAGAUGUCACUAAUGAGCAUUUAUCUCUUUGUACACAUUAAAACACUGAACUGAG